AGUUAUUCCAAAAGGCAAAAGCGCAGUUUAUACUUAAACAGUCAUGCGGUUUAUUAAAGCAUUUUUGUUUAUGACGGCGAGCGUUGGCAUCGUCGUAGCCGAUGACUUAUCCAACUCGAAGUUCGCCUAUUCGGUAAGCGACUCGAAAACCGGAGACCAGAAGGACCAAGAGGAAACCAGAUCAGGUAACUCGGUCACCGGUUAUUACCGUACACUUGAUGCUGAUGGUUUUGUGAGGAUAGUCAACUAUAAGGCGGACGAGGCUAAUGGGUUUGUCGCCGAAGUGAAACGCGAACCGGCCGCCAAAGCCGAGGCAAUACCUCACAGCGUCCAGGCUGUUCCCAGACUCAACGACGUUGCACCGGUCAUCCCGAGAGUGGCGUCCUCUCCAUACAGCAUCCAGGCUGUGCCAAAUUUACAUUCGGCCAUACCUUUCGUCGCCAAGUCAGCGGCCGCGGUGUCCGCUCCGAACGCACCACCGGCAAGCGCUCCAUACUACAACGGAUUUGCCUCUUACGUCCCACAGCAGCCCGCCCAGAGUUACUAUGGUCCACAAGUCGUAUACAAUUACCACGGAUCGUCGGCGCAAAGUGCGGGAUCACAGGCCACUUAUUCUUACAUAAAUCAAUGGAGUAACUAAAGAGGUCACGUACACAUUACCUAGGCU